UGAGGAUUAUUUUAAAUUUUAAGUUAUCAAAGAGGAUUAUCCAUCUUGCUUGUUUGGAUCCCAAGUCACUCCGGAAUCCCUGGAAAUGAGACUGUUGAUUCAUGUGCAAAAGCUGCUGUGCUAACUGGCUCCCUUGAACAUUUUGAAAAUUCUUCACAAGACUUGACUGCCCUGGCAAAAACUUAUCUGGAUAGAUCCUGGGAGUCCUUCUGGAAUGAAUCAAAAUUGGUGAAAGGCAAACAUUAUUCAUCUAUCCAGCCAAAUAUACCAAGACGUCCCUGGUUUUUCUUUCAAAAAAUGACUGAGCGUUGGGUUCUAACAACUAUUUCCCGUUUGCGUCUUGGUCACUCAUGUACACCUGUGCAUCUAAACAAGCUCCGGAUUAGGGAUAACUCUAUCUGCGAGUGUGGUUUGGAUGAAGGCACUGUCACUCAUCUCCUUUUUAACUGUCCCAGACUUCUUCAUCCUCUCUAUGACGUUCUUCCCCCAAAAGUCCCUCGUCCUUUAAGUGUUAAAUGUUUGUUAAUGUUUGUGUUUAGUCCAUAUUGUAGAUUUUUAUGUAAAUAUGUAGAAUGUAAUAAGAUCAAAUUGUAAUAUUGUUUAUAUAUUUUGUUUAUUAAUAUAUGUUAUUUGUGUUGUUUUAGGUUAAGAACUAACAAAAUAAUAUCAUUUAAUAUUAAAUAUUUAGUAGAUUCUCAAAAUUAAAUUUGUCAGCCUUCACCGAACAAUCUCCAUCGUGCCUCCUCCAUCUACUCGACACUGGCGAGAUAAACAGUGCCCAGUUGGCACAAAUGAAAGCCAUAAAGAAGAAUUGAAUUGAAUUUUAAAUUUUAAAACGUGUUCCUUUCCUGUAUAGUAUAAACUAUAAAUUGGGAUUUGGGAAGAUAGUGUUCUGUGAAUUGUGAUUAAUAGAUACUUUACAAUUACAACUUCGUUUUAUCAAUUUAUCAAUUCGUGACGAAAAAACGAAUUCGUUUAAACUAUAUCAAUUCGUGACGAAAAACCGAAAAACCAUCAAAAAUGCAUUGCUGUGUGCCUUUCUGUGAAAAUUCUUCAGACAAUGACAAUGGAAUUACUUUUCAUGGAUUACCCAGUGAAGGAAAUCUCCGUACUGCUUGGCUCAGAGCCCUCGGCACACAAGACCACCACCUGCCCGACCCUGCUGUGGUCUGCUCCCAGCACUUUCUAGAGGACGACUUUUAUGAAACAAAGAGUAGUGUGAGGCAGAUUCACUCUCAUGCUAUUCCUUCAACAGUGCAGGUCAGUUUAGUGUGCAUGAUAUGCCUGGACACUGGCAGCAAGCUGUCUCUAAUGAGUAAACACAAGUUGGAGGAGGCAUAUGAACAGCUAACUGGACUGUCUUUGUGUGGCGGAGGGAACCUGAAGCAAACACUCUGUGUGCUGUGUGCUCAGAGAUUGAUUAACUUCAGUACAUUUAGAGACUUGUGCUUGAGAUCCCAUACACUGAUGACUGACUUAGUUGAACAACAUGAGUUUAUUACUUUACUACAUAAACAAUUGAUGAGCCAUGCUACAAAACAAUUGAAGUGUAAUUUGACACAAACCACAUUAGCAGCUGAUCACUGUGACUUGUACAUAGAUCACACUGAUGGAGAGGAACAGACAGCAGCAGAGAAAUCUGUAGUGGGAGAUGUUGCAGUUGUGGUGAAGAAUGAAAACAGUCCUGACUCCAUGUCCAGUGCUGAUAACUUGGAGUUGGUACAUGAAGAUGACAAUCAGAGAGACAAUUCCAACAGUGACUGUGCAUCUGAUGAUGAGUACUCUGACAUGAUCAUACAGUUGAAGUCUGAGCUACUAGAUGAAGCUACAACAGGAACAGCAGCUCCACUGUCCACGAGACUUGCGGCAAACAACAAUACCAAAGUGCAGGCAACUGAAGAAGCAGGUGUGACCCAGAAAAGUGAACAAAUCCUCGAGACUAACAUUGGCGGACUGGACAACAAAUCAUCUCAGAGCGGCACCAAAACAUACACAGAUAUAAAUAAAUACACAAAUUGUGUAGUACAGUUAUAUGAUAUUUUUAAGACUCUGAAGAAACCUGUACUAAAUGAGAAUCCAGGAGGGAAAACACAAAAUGGUGUGAAGCCUUAUUGUUGUGAGAUAUGCAAUUGUAAAUUUGCAUAUAAACAAUCAUUUUUAAAACAUAAAAUAAUUCACACUGUGGAAAAACCUUAUUCUUGUGAGACUUGCAACUAUAAAUGUGCAGUUAAAAGAUACUUAGUUAUACACAAAAGAACCCACACUGGUGAAAAGCCUUAUUCUUGUGAGACAUGCAACUUUAAAUGUGCAAAUAAAAACUACUUAGUUAAACACAUAAGAAUCCACACUGGUGAAAAGCCUUAUUGCUGUGAGAUAUGCGGUUGCAGGUUUUCACAAAUAAAUCAUUUAUCAAGUCACAUAAGUACCCACACUGGUGUGAAGCCUUAUUCUUGUGAGAUGUGCACUUAUAAAUGUGCACGAAAAAGUUCGUUAUUAAUACACAAAAGAACCCACAGUACAGUGUACACUGGUACAAAGCCUUAUUCAUGUGAUUUAUGCAAUUAUAAAUGUGCAAUAAAAAGUUAUUUGUUAAUACAUAAAAGAAUCCACACUGGUGAAAAGCCUUAUUGUUGUCAGAUAUGCAAUUAUAAAUGUGCACAAAAAACUGAUUUAAUAAUACAUAAAAGAACACACACUGGAAAAAAGCCCUAUUCUUGUGAGAUAUGCAAUUAUAAAUGUGCACAUAAAAGUAACUUAACUAGACACAGAAGAACCCACACUGGUGAAAAGCCUUAUUCUUGUGGUUUAUGCAAUUAUAAAUGUGCUACAAAAAGCUAUUUGUUAAUACAUAAAAAAACCCACACUGGUGAAAAACCUUAUUCUUGUGAUUUAUGCAAUUAUAAAUGUGCAAAAAAAAGUUAUUUAUUAAUACAUAAAAGAACCCACACUGGUGACAAGCCUUAUUGUUGUGAGAUAUGCGGUUAUAAAUUUGCUCACAAGAGUUCGUUUACACAACACAUAAAAACCCACAUUGGUGAAAAGCUUUACUCUUGUGAGAUAUGCAAUUAUAAUACUGCUCGAAAAUCGAAUUUAUUACGUCACAUAAAAACCCACACUGGCAGAAAGCCAAUAACAUCGAUGAAAAAAAAAAAUUAUUUACAGAAAACAAUAAUUUCAGGCUGAUAAAUUAUCCAAUAGGAUAGUUGACUCAUAUCUAAUUUAAUAUAAACAAUAUUAAUUUGGUGUAGUACAUGGAAUAAGGGUUCGAGAUAUAUCGAUAUGAAUUAAUAAAAGUUACGGUUUUAAAAAUCA